AUGGCACACGCCUUGCAAAAAGAAACCCGCAAUCAUCAACGGACGACGCAAAGCAGCAAUCAGGAACUCGACAGCCAAAAACUUCUCGAGGCUCCAUCAAUUUCGAUUGAUCUCGACGCCUGUAAUCAGCAUAAUGAAGUCGCCUCUUUCUCAGAAUGGAUGAGCGAGUGCGAAGCUUGCCAGAACAUUUGGCGUUGUUUUUCACAGCCAGAUUCGGCAAAUCCGGUCAAUCUGGGCUGUUUUACGGAGGCUCUCGCUACACAGUGCCGCGCACAUAAGCCCCUAGUACAAGCUUUUGUUGACCACGUGCGCUCACGCGAAGAGCGCGACAAUUUUUUAAAGGAAGAACUAGGUGACCUUUGCAUCAUCCGUAGAGGUUCAAACAGCAGCGUCAGGAUUUCAGAGUCGAUCUCAAAGUUAUUUUUGUACUGGAAUUUGUUGCUAGUGAGGAAGGAGUCUGUACCGCACCAUCCUGGUACUGGUCGCAUUCUAAACCCUGAUUGGGUUGAUGUAGAAAUGCUGAAUCGGUGGAAAAAGCAGUGUCUUUCAACACAUGGUGCGGAAUGCGAGAAUCCGUGGAAGAUUUGGCCGAGAAGGCCCGCUUUUUUGAUCGACGUGAAGACCAAGUGCCUUGUAGCGGGUUGUAUCUCUGGCGCUUUUGUGGCACUCAGUUACAGGUACGGGAGAUCGCCUGUUCCUAAAAUUGACGCCGUGAUGCUUGAAAGGCUGCAGGAGCCGUAUGCUCUGGAUGCCCUGGAGUUUGAAGAAUUUUUGUCGCCAGUGAUCCGACAUGCCAUGUUCCUGACCUCGGUCAUAAGCGAGCGGUAUCUCUGGGCAGAUGCACUCUGUAUCCCUCACGCAAACGAGAAAGUCAGAGCUGAGGAAUUGAACAUGAUGGGCGCCAUCUACGGCAACGCAGUCGUCACAAUUAUUGCUGCAGAUGGCGACGCACAAGAUGGGCUUCGUGGUCUGGAAGGUGUUUCCCAAUCCAGAGACAUGAACCAACGCAUUUUUCGUUUCGGUAGUGAGCAACUUAUUGUGAGGAAUACAGGUAUUUUCAAUUUAUCGGAUGGAGGCGAUUAUCAUAGUCGAGGUUGGACGUUUCAGGAGCACCGUCUGUCAAGAAGAAUGAUAAUAUUCAAGAAUGAUGAGCUGCACUGGCAGUGUCAGUGUAGCGUUUGGCACGAAGAGAUGAUUCCUGACACAGAAAUUGACAAAUUCAUCGGCCCACGGCAGAAAUUCAUCACGGCUGGCUUUCCUGAUUUGUAUUCUCUGGGCCAUAUCCUCUCAGAAUUCAAUAAAACAGAACUUCGGUACGACGAGGACGCUUUGCCCGCUAUCUCUGGGCUGCUGUCAGUCCUGAGUCGUACAUUCACUGGCGGAUUCUUGUACGGCAUCCCGGAGAUGUUCUUCGAACGAGGAUUAGGCUGGAGAUCCUCCUCGGAGCACUUAAACAUCCGAAGACGGAAUUUUUCGGAAUAUUUCGGAAAGGACCGUCCGUCUCAGGCAGGCUUACCAUCGUGGUCUUGGGUCGGCUGGCACGGUCUCGUUGACAUCUUCGGGUACGGCGAAGCGGCUCUAAUCAGUGUCAGAAUAAAUUGGAGCGAAGAAACAAUUCCGAUCACAGAGUGGUACACGAGCCAGUCUUCCAGCGACUUGCCGGAAAAUAGAAGGAGAAUCACGUCUACGUGGUUUGAAAAUCGCGAUAAGUACAAGGAUUUUGCGAAGCCAUUACCUUCAGGCUGGUCUUGCCACGACGCCUCCGACACAGGAUCGGGCGGGCCUUACGCAUACCCGGAUGGGUGUGAGAAAUACAUUUUCAAACAUGUGGACAUGCUCGAUGCUUACAGGGGAUCGUGGUACUAUCCAUUCCCGGUCCCUGACAUCCAUAACUCGACGCCGCCAGUCAUGCCAGAGCAGACAUCCUAUUUGUUUUGCAAGACUUGGAGGGCGCACCUCUGGGGACGACAAGCUGGCGAAGGAAACACUGCCAGAAUUUUUAAUAGCUCUGGGGAAGAUAUUGACACUCUGCAAUUACACAAUGAAGCUUCCCUGUUUCUCUUCCCAAGCAUAGAUUCCGAGGUUAUUCACGGGUUGCCGGUGGACCUAGUAGCUUUGUACAAGUCACGAGUAUAUUCGAAGACGUGGAAUGCAGGUCAAAGGAAGUAUGGCCACCCAUUGCAAAGAAAAGAUGAGUAUAAAGUAUUAUGGGUGGAAUGGAAGGAUGGUAUUGCGUAUCGCCUUGCUAGCGGGCAGGUGAAGGCAGAAGAAUGGGAAAGGUUAGUUCCGGAGAUCAUCGACCUAAUUCUAGGUUAG